GCCAACGACUUCAUAGAUUGCAGUGCUUGUUCCAGCGCGGUUCGAGAGGUAUCAUAGAUCGGAGUGAAGGGAGAGGGAUGGGGAGAGAGUGGUAUUGGAGCGCGAGACCUUCACAGGGUAGAGGCAACCGCGAGGAGAUCAAUCCUGGUUGCAUGAGCUGCAUGUUUCACUACUCCAACUCCACUGGCAACAGCAGCAGCAGUUGCAGACCUCCGCCAGCGUCGUCCUCAUCGUCCCUGCCAUCGCCUCCGAGUGCCAAUCGUACUUCACAGCGCAAAGGAUUUGAGGCGCCCAGGAAUAGUCUGGAGCUGGGUGAGGAAGAAGCAUCGUCGGCGACUUCGGCCGUAAAAGGAGAGCUUUACGAUGUUCCUGUUGGCGUAGAAGUACGCCCAUUGCCGGCUCCUUUAUCGAAGAGCAACAACAAGAUGACGGUGUUCUCGGAGGACGAGAAGAGGAGCUCGCAGGCUGAGACGCCGAGGACACCGAGCGUCAUCGCGCGCCUCAUGGGCUUGGAGAUCCCGGCGGAUCAGUGCUUGUCUCCGAUGACCCCCGACACGCCGCCGUUUAUGGAGCAGCAAGCGCAGUCUCGAAUGACGAACAAGAGGAGGCACGUUAUCGGUGAUGGGUGCGGGAGGGAGUCUCCAUCUCCGCGGCAGCCGCUCCGGAGUCUGAACUGCAACGUGUCAGCACCGCCACCAGCUAGAACGGUCGACGUCGUCGGCUCCCGCUCCUUGCCGGAGACACCGAGGGUUUCGUCAACCUGGUCUCGCGACGUGGAGGCCAGACUUUCUCUACAGCUCAACGAGGAGAACACCCGUAAGGCCGUGCAUGGGUUCGGUUACUCGUCUGCGGACUACCCGCUACCUUCUUCCGCAUCCGCUGCAAGGUCCAGGAAGAAAGACCGUGGAAGGCAUCAUGAUGAGAACAAGAGCCCGAAGAGCCUCUACCAUGCCCGCGAGAUCGUCAAGCAAGUGAAGGAAAGUUUCAAUAACAGAAGAGGAGGCGGUGGUGAACAUGACAGUGGCGGAGAUGAGAUAAAGUCCAAGUCUAAGAGAAGCAGACCGCCUGAGAAGAAACUGGCCAUGGCGGAUCCCCCGUCUUCCACUUGUUCGCCUCAGAUCAGGCCCUUCUUGGAGGUCGCAAACAACAAAACUGAAGACGUCAUCAGGAAGCCAUUGGCGCAGCCUCCGAUGGCGCUUCGGUCGAGGUCACCCGACCAACUGUCGUCGUCGAGAACCGUAGGAGAUACUCGCGAUUAUGGCGAAGCAAAGGUCGUCAAGGUGGUCCUCAACAAGUGCAGGAAGGCUGAUUACGAGCGAUUCACAGGGAGGAUCAAGAGGCAAACUCGUUCGCUUCCGACAUUAGCAUCACUCUUUCACUCAGCUGACUCGCUACCACAGAGGAACCAGCCUGAUAAGAACAAUUCCAGCUCCUCACCUUCUGCUACUACGUCGAGACUGAACGAAUCGUCUCAAGCAGUCCCACGGCCGCCUUUGCCGAUUGGAAGUACUUCACAUCCAUCAAACGGUGAACGGAACCGCCUGCGAAAAGCACCGAAGGAUAAAGAUUCAGAACUCAGAUACGUGACGUCUAUACUCGAGCGUGCAGGAAUCGGCGGAACUCACAUGUUGAGAUGGUAUUCGCCCUCGCUCCCGAUCGACCCCAUCGUCUUCCAUCGGCUGGAGCUCGAGUUCCCCUUCUUGCUCGUGGGAGAAGGGAAACGGUGCAAAGGCUCGGAGGUCGAGACCGAAGGCAGAGCCCUCGUCGGCCCUUUGCGGCACCGAUGGAACAGGAAACUCCUAUUCCAUCUCGUGGAGGAGAUCUUGGGAGAUCUCCUCCUAGGACGUUCCGAUAUCUUCUCCUCCCCCUGCACCGGCAGCGGCAGCAGCAGUUUCCGUCUCGUUAGACGCGACAACUGCGGCAUGAUCGAAAGAGAGGCGUUGCUGCAGCAACUGGUGGCGCAGAUAGAGAGCUUCCCCGCUGCCGACUGCCGCGUGGUUGGCGACAUCGACGCCCUCGUCGCGGGGGACCUCCGGCAGGCCAACGUCCGGCGGCUGCUGCUCCACCCCUUUGUGACGGAAGAGGCGGGCGACGUGGCGCUGGAGGUGGAGCAGGAGAUCCUGGACGACCUCCUCGGCGAGACCGCGGCGUCGCUCGCGCUCUCCGCGGAAGUCUGAGGUGACAAUGGCGGUGGGGACACCGGAGGAAUGCUGUCACGGUACUGUUCCCACGGAAACGCCGGGCGCCUCAUGCCAUCAGCAACCACAGUUGUUUGUCAUGUUUGAAGCAUCGGUGCCCACUCUGUAGUGUGUACUGUGCUGUGUAAACUCGACCCCACUUUGUUGUAUAUGAAGUAGACAUCAAUUUAACCUCUCACUC